CCAAGUGGCCGCCUUUCCUUACUUCUUCCGGCUCCCAAAUAACCCAGAGCCUGACCUAUACUUACACACUAUAAAAAAUAUACACACACAUUUCUCGGCACACAACCCUAGGCACUCUCCAUUUGCUCUCCACACGCCCCUCGUCAUUUAAUCAAACACUUGAUCUACACACACAAUUCAACAAUCAUUCAUCUUAUCUUAUCUCGUUGAUGCGUGAGCUUUGAUUGUUAUUGCUCAUCAUCAUCAUGUAUAAAAGGACGUAUUCCUCGGCUACUUGUUCGCUAAUUCGAAGAGCUGCUUCUUCUUCGUCUGCGUCUGGUGCUGCUCGUAAGGCUGGUUCGUCUCCCGUUGCGUCGUCGUCGCCUGCGUGUGGGGUUAAUCAGUACAGAUCUUACAGCUUUUUCAGAUCGGUGCCGAGGUGGAGUCACGGCGUGGAUUGGAAGUCGCCGGCGAGUUUGACGUCUCAGAUUAGGACUGCUUCGCCUCUUCUCGAACGCCUUCAGCGCACUUUCGCUACCAUGGCUGCUGAUCAUCCUUUCAAUGGAAUUGCGACUAGUCUUCCUAAGCCUGGAGGUGGUGAGUUUGGAAAAUUUUAUAGCCUCCCUGCUUUGAAUGAUCCAAGGAUAGAAAAGCUGCCAUAUUCGAUUAGAAUCCUUCUUGAAUCUGCAAUUCGGAACUGUGACAAUUUCCAAGUGACCAAGGCAGAUGUUGAGAAAAUCAUUGAUUGGGAAAAGACAUCUCCCAAGCUAGUUGAGAUUCCAUUUAAGCCUGCCCGUGUUCUGUUGCAGGAUUUCACUGGCGUACCAGCUGUGGUUGACCUGGCAUGCAUGCGUGAUGCCAUGAAUAGACUUGGCAGUGACUCUAACAAGAUCAACCCUUUGGUCCCUGUAGAUCUCGUCAUUGAUCAUUCGGUUCAAGUUGAUGUUACAAGGUCAGAAAAUGCUGUUCAAGCAAACAUGGAGCUUGAAUUUCAGAGGAACAGAGAAAGGUUUGCAUUUCUAAAGUGGGGGUCAACUGCAUUCCGCAACAUGCUUGUUGUUCCUCCUGGUUCCGGUAUUGUGCAUCAGGUCAAUCUCGAAUAUCUGGGAAGGGUUGUUUUCAACACUGACGGUGUACUAUACCCUGAUAGUGUUGUUGGAACUGAUUCUCAUACCACUAUGAUUGAUGGUUUAGGAGUUGCAGGGUGGGGAGUUGGAGGUAUUGAAGCAGAGGCAGCAAUGCUUGGACAGCCAAUGAGCAUGGUUCUUCCUGCCGUUGUUGGGUUCAAGCUUUCUGGAAGUCUUCGUAAUGGUGUCACAGCUACUGACUUGGUUCUAACAGUGACACAAAUGCUGAGGAAGCAUGGUGUUGUUGGGAAGUUUGUUGAGUUCUAUGGGGAGGGAAUGAGCAAGCUAUCAUUAGCUGACAGGGCAACCAUUGCAAACAUGUCUCCUGAAUAUGGGGCAACAAUGGGGUUCUUCCCUGUAGAUCAUGUCACCUUGCAGUAUCUAAAAUUAACUGGAAGAAGUGAUGAAACUGUGGCGAUGAUAGAAGCAUACCUGCGAGCUAAUAAAAUGUUUGUUGACUAUAAUGAGCCUCAAAUUGAUAGAGUAUACUCAUCUUACUUGAGUCUGGAUCUCGAAGAAGUUGUACCCUGUAUUUCUGGUCCAAAGAGGCCUCACGAUCGGGUUCCUUUAAAGGAUAUGAAGGCUGAUUGGCAUUCUUGCCUCGAUAACAAAGUUGGAUUCAAGGGUUUUGCUGUACCAAAAGAGGCACAAGAAAAAGUUGUCAAGUUCACGUUCCACGGACAGCCAGCUGAACUUACGCAUGGUAGCAUUGUGAUCGCCGCAAUCACAAGUUGCACAAAUACAUCAAAUCCCAGUGUAAUGCUUGGAGCAGCCCUUGUGGCAAAAAAGGCUUGUGAAUUGGGUCUACAGGUCAAACCAUGGGUAAAAACUAGCCUUGCUCCUGGUUCUGGAGUUGUUACUAAGUAUUUGCUCCAAAGUGGGCUGCAAAAAUAUAUGAAUCAACAAGGUUUCCACAUUGUUGGAUAUGGAUGCACCACUUGUAUUGGGAAUUCUGGGGAUUUGGACGAAUCUGUUGCUUCUGCUAUAUCUGAGAAUGACAUUGUUGCAGCAGCCGUUCUCUCUGGUAACCGUAACUUUGAGGGCCGAGUCCACGCUUUGACUAGAGCAAAUUACCUUGCUUCACCACCUUUGGUUGUUGCGUAUGCUCUUGCUGGCACGGUUGACAUUGAUUUUGAAAAAGAUCCAAUUGGAGUAGGCAAGGAUGGUAAGAACGUCUACUUCAGGGAUAUCUGGCCAUCUAACGAGGAAGUGUCAGAGGCUGUUCAAUCCAGUGUACUACCUGAAAUGUUUAAAAGUACUUAUGAAGCUAUCACAAAGGGUAAUCCUAUAUGGAAUGAUCUCUCGGUUCCUGAGACCAAGUUGUACUCUUGGGAUCCCAAUUCUACAUAUAUUCACGAGCCACCUUAUUUCAAGAAUAUGACAAUGGACCCUCCUGGACCCCAUGGAGUGAAGGAUGCCUAUUGCCUAUUGAACUUUGGUGACAGCAUAACAACAGAUCACAUCUCGCCAGCAGGAAGCAUUCACAAGGACAGUCCUGCAGCAAAGUUCCUACUUGAGCGUGGAGUUGAGAGAAAAGACUUUAAUUCUUAUGGUAGUCGCCGUGGUAAUGAUGAAAUAAUGGAGAGGGGAACUUUUGCCAAUAUACGGAUCGUUAACAAGCUACUAAAGGGGGAAGUUGGGCCGAAGACGCUACAUAUCCCUACUGGAGAGAAACUUUCUGUGUUUGAUGCUGCUGCUAAGUACAAGGCUGCUGGUCAAGCUACUGUUGUCUUGGCUGGUGCAGAAUAUGGAAGCGGAAGCUCCCGGGACUGGGCUGCUAAGGGCCCAAUGUUGCUGGGAGUCAAAGCAGUGAUUGCAAAAAGUUUUGAGAGAAUACACCGCAGUAAUUUAGUAGGUAUGGGAAUUGUGCCACUUUGUUUCAAAGCUGGAGAAGAUGCAGAUUCACUAGGACUCACUGGCCAUGAGCGUUAUACCAUUGAUUUGCCAAGUAAACUAAGUGAUAUUCGCCCCGGACAAGAUGUUACUGUUCGUACGGAUACAGGGAAAUCUUUUACUUGCACUGUCCGUUUUGACACGGAGGUGGAACUGGAAUAUUUCAACCAUGGAGGCAUUCUUCCGUAUGUCAUUAGGCAACUAAUUACACAGUAGAUCCAGUUAGCUUGCGGCUUUAUUUUGUUGUUUGAGCCUUACAGUUGUAAACUGCGAGAAAACAAUAAAUUCUCAACUAUAGAUGUCCCUGGAUUAAAGGGAAGUUUCACGGUGACGUUUUAAAUCAAAACAAAGCUUGAUUGGAUAUGAAUCAAAAGCACAUUAUUUUUGAAAUAA